AAACAGUAGACAACUCGUCAAUUGAAGUGUUCAAUGUAGCCAUCUAAGUCUGAAAAGUACCUUCGUUUCUUCCUCAGUUUAAGGCGCCAGAUUCACCACACGACAUGCCUCCCAAGCUCGAUCCAUCUGCUGUGACUUAUUGUUAUUUGAGAGUUAUUGGAGGUGAAGUUGGUGCUACUUCAUCGUUAGCACCUAAAAUUGGUCCUCUUGGUUUGUCUCCAAAAAAGGUUGGUGAUGACAUUGCAAAAACCACUCAAGAAUGGAAAGGAUUACGUAUAUGCGUCAAAUUGACAAUUCAAAAUCGACAGGCGACAAUAAGCGUCGUACCGACGGCUUCUUCUCUUAUUAUAAAAGCCUUAAAGGAAGAGCCACGUGAUAGAAAGAAGGUGAAAAAUAUUAAGCACAAUGGCAAUCUUACAUUUGAUGAGAUUUUGGAGAUUGCGCGAACAAUGCGUCCCAGGAGUAUUGCUCGUGAGCUCUCCGGGACAGUUAAGGAGGUUCUUGGUACUGCUCGGUCAGUUGGUUGUACAGUAGAUGGUGAAUCUCCUCAAGUCAUCAUUGAGAAAGUGAAUGCUGGAGAAAUUUCUGUACCUGCUGCAUAAACUUCAAUAAAUUAUUGGUACGUGAAUGAACGUUUCUCAUUUGAGUUUCUACAAGGAAAGGGCACCAUACUGGCCGGUUAAAGCUGAUAUUUAAGGUCUAAUCUAAAUACUGAAAUAACCGUAGGUGCCCUACUUC